CCUGUGUCUACUGUCUAAUGUCUAUUUUUACCUGCUUUGCUUGGUUUAUUGAAAUCUGUAAUUGAAACUGUGUUGCGUAUGACAACAUCUACUACUUUUUGUAAAUGUUAUUGUGUUUUGAAGUGCUAAAUCAAUUCUAAUGUGGUAGCACGCGCUGAUAUGACGAUCCUACGCGUUACAGUGAAUCAAUCAUGCUCCCACGAGCGAAAAGAGGUGUUUAUUUGGAAGAGAAAGUGUCAUGUGAAAUCGGGGAGUCGCCUUCAAUGAUGUGGAAGAGGUCGAUUGUGCAAGCGAGGGCUGGACAAACGCGCGCCACGGCCGCCUCGAGCCUGGCGCUCGGACUUAUCGUCUUUGUUGCGCUGAGCGGCGCGGCGCACGCGGCCGACCUGGUCAUCGAGAUCCCGGGCUGGGGCGCGGCGGGUGCGGCGGGCGCGCACUACCGCCUGGACUACCGGCCGCCGCAGGGCUCGCCCGCGCCCAACUUCACGGUGCCCGCGCGCGCCUCCACCAUCAACUUCCAGGGCCUCCCGGGCACCCAGUACCACUUCAUGCUGUACUACUCCAACGAUACCUUCGCCGACCUGCUCACGUGGAACCAGACCAUUAUCACAGCGCCCGAGCCGCCGUCCAACCUGACGGUGACGCUGGGCCGCAACAAGCAGGCCACCAUCUUGUGGGCGCCGCCCGCGCACGGCGACUACACCGGCUUCCGCUUCAAGGUGAUCCCGCUGUCGGAGCGCGCGGAGGGCGGCGCGCGCAACGUGUCGCUGGAGGGCGCGGGCAACUGGUCGCACGUGCUGCGCGACCUGUCGCCCGGCGCCACGUACCAGCUGCACGCCUUCACGCUGCUGCGCGACAAGGAGAGCGCGGCCUACGCCUCCUUCAACUUCACCACCAAGCCCAACACGCCGGGCAAGUUCAUCGUGUGGUUCCGCAACGAGACCACGCUGCUGGUGCUGUGGCAGCCGCCCUACCCGCCCGGCGCCUACACGCACUACAAGGUGUCCAUCGAGCCGCGCGACGCGCGCGACUCGGAGCUGUACGUGGAGAAGGAGGGCGAGCCGCCGGGCCCCGCGCAGGCCGCCUUCAAGGGGCUGGUGCCGGGCCGCGCCUACAACAUCUCGGUGCAGACGGUGUCGGACGCGCAGCUGUCGGCGCCCACCACGGCGCAGUACCGCACCGUGCCGCUGCGGCCGCGCAACGUGAGCGUGGACCCGCGCGAGCGCUCCGAGAGCGCCUUCCGCGUCACGUGGCUGCCGCCGGCCGAGCAGAGCGAGUUCGAGAAGUACCAGGUGUCGGUGGCGCCGGGCGCGGGCGCGCGUCGCCUGCCGCCGCAGCUGCGCGCGCGCGCCGACGCGCCGGCCGCCACGUUCGAGGGGCUGGAGCCGGGCGCGCACUACGCCGUCACCGUCAAGACCAUGUCCGGCAAGGUCACGUCGUGGCCCGCCGCCGCGGACGUCACGCUCAAGCCGCUGCCGGUGCGCGAGCUGCAGGGCCGCCUGGCGGACGGCGAGGGCGGCGGCGUGUUCCUGUGGUGGCAGCCGGCCGAGGGCAGCGUGCAGGAUGAGUACCGCGUGUCGUACCACGAGACGGGCCCCUCGCGCGACGACAGCAGCGCGCUCAGCACGGCGCACGCCAACGCCACGCUGGCGGCGCUGCUGCCGGGCCGCAACUACACGGUGAGCGUGGCGGCCGUGUCGCGCGGCGUGGCGUCCAACGACAGCGUGUUCCUGGCCGCCACGCGCCCGCUGGCGCCCGCGCUGCGCGCCGCCGCGCCGCAACAGCGCGCGCUGGCGCUGGCGUGGCGCUCCGACGUGGACUCGCGCCAGGACGGCUACGAGCUGCGCUACCGGCGCCGCGCCGCCGACGCGCCCUUCCGCGCGCUGGCCACGCCCGCCACCAACGCCACGCUGCCCGACCUGCUGCCCGGCGCCGUGUACGAGAUCCAGCUGGCCGCCGUGAGCCACGGCCUGCGCAGCGAGCGCCUCACCGUGCUCAAGCCCGUGCGCCCGCUGCCGCCGGAGUGGAUGGCGGUGGAGCGCGCGUCGUCCAACGCGGUGCUGGUGCGCUGGCGCGGUCCGAGCGGCGGCGUGGUGGGCGCCUACUCGCUGCGCUACCAGGCCGCCGACGGCCCGUGGCGGCGCCUGGAGCCGUUGCCGGCCGACCGGGACCGCGCGGAGAUCAGCAACAUGACGCACGGCGAGCGCUACCGCAUCCAGCUCGACACGCUCAGCGAGGACGCGGCCGGCGACGCGGCCGACAGCGCGCAGCCGCUCAGCGCGCAGCACACCGUCCGGCCCAACCCCGUGUCCGACGUGGCGCAGCUGGCCGACACGCGCAACGUGACGCUGGAGUGGCCGCGGCCGGCCGGGCGCGUGGAGUGGUACCGCGUGCGCUGGUGGGCGGCCGACGACGCGGGCGCGGCGCAGCAGCGCGACGUGGGCGCGGCCGACGCGCCCACGUCGCGCGUGCUGCUGGGCGAGCUGCUGCCCGGCCGCGCCUACGCGCUGUCCAUCGCGGCGCACUCGCACAACCUGUCCAGCGAGCUGUUCACCAUGAGCACGCGCACGCGGCCGCUGAUCCAGUCUGAGAUGACCAUCGUCAACGAGUCCGGCGACGACGACGGCAACGAUACGCUGCCCGCCAUCCGGGUGCUGUACACGCCCACGCCGCUGUCCGCCACGCUGUUCGACGAGUACCGCUUCCGGCUGGAGGGCGGCGACGAGCCGGCGCGCUGGGAGCGCCGCGCCGCCGCCGCGCCCGACCAGCAGGUGGAGUUCGCGGCGCUGGUGCCGGGGCGCCUGUACAGCCUCACCAUGUGGACGGUGUCGCACAACGUGACGUCGCACCCGGUGCAGCGGCCCGCGCGCCUGUUCCCGCGCCCCGUGGCCGCGCUGCAGGCGCGCGCCACGGGCCCGCGCGGCGUGGCGCUGUCGUGGCCGCGCCCGCCCGGCGACUUCACGGACUUCGAGGUGCAGUUCCUGCUGGGCGACGACCAGCUGGAGGCGCGCACCACGGAGCGCCUGGCGCUCGAGCUCGGCGGCCUGCGGCCCUACACGCUGUACACCUUCAGCGUGGAGGUGCGCGCCGGCGCGCCCGCCAGCCUGCUCACGCGCUCGGCCGCGCGCUCGGCCAGCGUGCGCACGCUGGAGGCGCCGCCCGCCGCGCCCGCGCGCUUCCAGCCCAGCGACGCCGCGCCGUCGCAGCUCAGCUUCACGUGGGAGCUGGCGCCGCAAGACGCGCACGGCGAGCUGCUGCGCUUCGUGCUGCAGUACUGGGCGGCGCGCGAGCCGGGCGCGGCGCGCGAGGCCGAGUUCCCGCCCGGCGCGCGCGCCGGCUGCGUGCGCGGCCUGGCGCCGGGCGAGCUGUACGAGUUCCGCCUGGCCGGCGCCACGCGCGCGGGGCUGGGCGCGGCGGCCGCGUGGCGCCAGCGCAUGGCCAUCGCCGCGCCGCCGCGCCCGCGCGCGCUGCCCGCGGCCGUGCGGCGCAGCGCCAGCACGGUGACGGUGAGCUGGCGCGCCGACGACUUCUCGGCCGCCAACGGCAACGUCACGGCCUACGCGCUCGUGGUGGCCGAGGAGCCGCGCGCCGACUCCCCGCAGCGCCUGCCCGCGUGGCGCGACGUGCACCGCCUGCCCGUGUGGCCGCCCUACCAGGUGUCGGAGCCCUACUACCCGUUCCGCGCCGGCGGCGCGCACGCCUCGCCCGUGGAGGAGUUCACGGUGGGCGCGGAGCAGUGCGACGGCGCCGAGCACUACUGCAACGGGCCGCUGAAGCCCGCCACGCGCUACUACGUCAAGCUGCGCGCCUUCACGGCGCAGGACAAGUUCACGGACACCGCCUACGCCGUCGUGUACACCGACGCCGACCACACGGGCUGGGCCGCCGGCGGCGCCGCGGCCGCCGCCCUGCUGCUGGCGGCCGGCGCGGGCGCCGCGCUGUUCCGGCGCCGCGCGCGCGCGCCCGCCGCGCCCGCCGCGCCCGCCGCCAGCCGGCCCGUGCGCGUGGCCGACUUCGCCGACCACUACCGCCGCAUGGCCGCCGACUCCGACUUCCGCUUCAGCGAGGAGUUCGACGAGCUCAAGCACGUGGGGCGCGAGCAGCCGUGCGCCGCCGCCGACCUGCCCGUCAACCGGCCCAAGAACCGCUUCACCAACAUCCUGCCCUACGACCACUCGCGCUUCAAGCUGCAGCCCGUGGACGACGAGGAGGGCUCCGACUACAUCAACGCCAACUACGUGCCGGGCCACAGCUCGCCGCGCGAGUUCAUCGUCACGCAGGGCCCGCUGCACUGCACGCGCGACGACUUCUGGCGCAUGUGCUGGGAGUCGGGCAGCCGCGCCAUCGUCAUGCUGACGCGCUGCGUGGAGAAGGGGCGCGAGAAGUGCGACCGCUACUGGCCCUACGACACGCGGCCCGUGUACUACGGCGACAUCGCCGUCACGGCGCUCAACGAGAGCCGCUACCCCGACUGGACCGUGACGGAGCUGGCCGUGUGCCGCGGCGCCGAGCAGCGCGUGGUGGCGCACUUCCACUUCACCACGUGGCCCGACUUCGGCGUGCCGUCGCCGCCCACGGCGCUGGCGCGCUUCGUGCGCGCCUUCCGCGAGCGCUGUCCCGCCGCGGCCGACGCGCGGCCCGUGGUGGUGCACUGCAGCGCGGGCGUGGGCCGCUCGGGCACCUUCGUGACGCUGGACCGCGCGCUGCAGCAGCUGGCGGCGCGCGCCGACGCGCUGGACAUCUUCGGCAUGGUGCACGCCAUGCGGCGCGAGCGCGUGUGGAUGGUGCAGACGGAGCAGCAGUACAUCUGCGUGCACCAGUGCGUGCUGGCGGCGCUCGAGGGCGCCGACCUGGCGCCGCCGCCGCCCGCCAACCACCACCACCACAACGCGGCCUUCGAAGGCUGCUGAUAAUGAAACAAAACAGUGGCGUGGCUAGAGUUGUUACAUAGGGAAGCCCUUUAUUUACUGUAGCAUGUUUAUAUUUGAAAGAUUCAUGACUCUUCAACCCACUUAGAUUUGCCUGAUCUAGAAUCUAGAUUAAAGUGUCCGCUCUCCGGGUAACCACCAUAAAACUUCUCUUUUAUCAAACGCCGCUUCGCAAUGAUUGUCUAUCGUUCACUUAAUUCAUCACUCUCCGAACAUAACCCGCCCAGCCAGCAUGCGCAGGCCACACACUGGUUUAGUUCGUCGCGACCAUGGCCUACAACCAUGUUUUAUUGCACCAUGGCAGCAUUGCCCAGAAUUUGCCACGCUACGCUUUACUCGACCAAUAUGUGGCAUUAUUGCCAUCCCUUAAUGAAGUGGUCGAAAAAAUUACACUUAGAAAUUACAGUUACUUGGAGACCUAUUUGAAAGACCUUCAGUCUUUCAGAUUAACUGUAAUUUCUAUCUUCUAAUCCUAAAUAAUAAUAUAAAUAAUUAUUAUAAUUCUGAAACAAAACUUUAACUGUACUGGUUUAAGCGAUGGUGAUAAUUUUUUUUGUCUUACUGCCUAACUCAUGGAGUUCCCAAUGACAUGACUGGUUUUUGUUUUCGUUUUGUAAAAUAAUAUAAUGAUAAUUCAACUAUGAUUCAUCCGUGUUCACACAUUACUACUGUGGAGUCUCACAGUGCAGCCAGGUACAAAGAACAGAUUCGUAUUUUUUAUGGUAAUUCUCUUUUAACCGAGUAAGAUAGAUUUAACAAUAUACUAACUUUUGAACCACCGAUGCCCCAGGGUAUAAAACAUUAUUGACAAUACUCAGAAUAUUGUCAAUAAUAUUAUUAUGUGUAUAUAUUGACUAUGUGCAGCCUAAGUUUGCCGUACAAACUUUGAUCUGCUAUUUAUUCAUUUGUUGGGUCCGUAGGGUUCUUAGCAUAGUGUUAAACAGGUACCUAACUUUUUUAUGAAUCGGGCUAUCGAGUGGAAAUAAAAAUUAAGAAAUCCGAUUGGUUUGAAGGAACUAAUGCUCCAUUCAGGAAGUUAAAUGAACGAAACAAUUUUGCGAAAAGUGUGAGACUCCACUGUGAGACUUCAUAAUAAUUCAGAUGGAUACGCUGUGAAAUAAGCUGUUGUGUAGCCCAACCACCCAACCACCCAACCGCCUCUCU